GAGGCGGCGGAGAAGACCCGGCUGGCUUGGAGGAUUUCCACGAUCGGAGCCAGUGCGGACAGCAGCACGGCAGUCGCGUUCAACUCUGCUGUCUGGCAGUGGGGUGGCAUCAGCGAGCGGCUCGAGGACGACCAGGGCGGGCAUGGGCGCAAGAGCUUCCCACACUGCGUGAUGCAGCCUGGUCGCCUGAGGCCGAUCCGGGAUACCCAGGCGCACGUCUCUGUGUCCCAGUUCGGCCGCUGGGCCCUGCUGAUGAGCCAGGGCCGGCCCGGCCAGAGGGACGAGCUGGCGCACCGGGUGGCGGUCGUGGAGAACCUGCGUCUGGAGAUCGCCGGGAACAGGGAAAAGCUGGCGCGCAUGGACGCCGCGCACAAGAAGGCCGCGGAGGAGCGGCUUGCGAGGGCUGGAGGCGGCGCAGACGGCCAGAGCCUGGGCCACUUCCACGACACGGUCACGCAGCUCACGCAGGAGAGCCCGCCGGCGGCCGCGCCCCCCGUGCGGGUCUUGCUCUCGGAGGCCGGAACGCCUGCACUGUGCCCGUGGCGGGCCGUCCUUCCAUCCCAGGACUGA